AUGAAGGUGCUGCAGCCUGGAGAAGCUGAGUGCCUUCCUCCCGUGCCGCGAUCAAGUUGCAGUUCCCAUCUGUGGUCAAGCUUGAGCACAGGCUUAGAAAAUUCCACACCUCUCCCUCCCCGAGUUCGCGACCUCCUAAUAAGGCCGAGCACCAGCUCAGAUACAGAGUCAGGAGAUCCUGGAUGCCUCUCGUUCCAACACCGCUGCAUUGUCAACCUGGCUAAAACUUACCUCCCUGUUCCGCCUCCGCCGCCGCCUGCUCGGAAAAUCAAUCCUCACAAAAAAUAUCAGUACCUUCUCACUGCACGUCCAGAUAUUGUUCUCGAGAAAUCAAAGAGAUUAGGAAAGGAUGCCUUGGCACAUUACAACAGAAGGAAAAAGAUCAAGUUUGAGAUGUUGGAUGUCAUGCCUGUGGUCCAGAUGCCCGAGUCAGGUCGUUUGUAUACACAUAUUAACUUCACAGCAAGGUCCAGCAAGGAGGGUUCGAAGGAACAGCUUUUCUUUGCUGAGCUUUACAACUGUAGCAAAAGGAGGGAUCCAAGUGGCUUCCUUGUGACUUGUUGUGAACCACUGGGUUCUGAUGCUACUGUUGGACACAAAGGAUUUCAGCUUGAUGGUUCCACGGUGGUGAGGAAGAACACUGACUUCGCACGCUGCUUUGCAUGCGGUCCAAGGAUGCUGCAUCCCAGGGGUGACAAGUACAUUGCUGGGCACUGCAACGUUGCUCACAUUUACACCAAUACAUGCUAAAGAGACGUUGUAUUUGUAUAUGCCCUUGUUUUGUCCUUGUACUGGGUGAUACUGACCACUGUUUGGGUACUGGUGAAGCAACAAUUUUUGUCCCUACCGAAUUUGCAUGCUAUCUGUAUGCAUGCAUUUCCCGUCCUCUUUGUGUAUUUCCCAAUACUAUUUAUU